GGAGUGGGCGAGCUGGGAUAGGCUGGGAGUUUGGUUGGAGCCGUCAGCGGGACGGGACAAGGCACAAGAAGGGGGGCAAACGAAGAACCGAGCGACUAUUAACUUCUGCCUUCUCAGCAACAACAGAUCCAUUCGGCCUUCUGCCUUCUCAGCGGCUGAAUGUUGGACAGGAAAUUUGACGUAGACAGCCUAACGGAAAAUACCAUUUGUUGCAUUCAGAGGUCCGGGUCUGAGCGACGCGGAUGACAAAGAAGUGUCCCGGUGCAAACUUUCUCAACCGGGUUUGAUCGCUGUUAAAAACCAACCGGGAAUUCUGUUUUUCCUUUUAUCGGAGGCGUCAAGAAGAGGACAUCAUGCCACGGCGCACGGUGCAAGAAGUAACGGUGCAAGAUGUCCAGAAAAGGAGAAAUCCGAACAAACACUACGUUUACAUCAUCAAAGUGUCUUGGAGCGAUGGCAGUACAGAAAGCAUUUACAGGCGCUACAGCAAGUUCUUUGACCUCCAGAUGGAAUUGCUGGACAAAUUCCCGGUGGAAGGAGGCCAAAAAGACCCUAAGCGCAGGAUCAUUCCAUUCCUACCAGGUAAGAUCCUGUUUAGGAGGAGCCAUAUCAGAGAUGUGGCCAUGAAAAGGCUAAGGCCCAUCAACGAGUACUGCAGGGCCCUCAUUCAGCUUCCAGUGUACAUCUCCCAGUGCGAAGAGGUCAAAGUGUUUUUUGAGACCAGACCUGAAGAUAUCAACCCACCCAAGGAGGAACCCAUUGGAAAGAAGAAAUCAGGGAUUGUGGAGAGAGCGACUACUUUCCUAAAGCGAGGAGAUUCCACUGCAGCAGACCCUCUCCUCCUCGACCAGUAUGUGGCAGUGACAGACUACGAGAAGCAGGAGAGCUCUGAGGUCAGCCUGCAUGUGGGUCAGGUGGUCGAGGUCAUUGAAAAAAAUGAGUCUGGUUGGUGGUUUGUCAGCUCAGAUGAUGCCCAGGGCUGGGUCCCUGCUACUUGUCUUGAGGCACAGGAUGACCCUGAUGACUUCACUAUUCCAGGGGAAGAAGUACCGCGGAGAUUCUGGUCACUGCCAAGGCACAUGGGUCGUCGCAGAACAUUAGGGGAUCUAUUCAGCACUGGUUUUGGGCAAGAAGAGAAGUAUACAGUGAUUUACCCGUACUCGGCCAGGGACCAAGAUGAGAUCGACCUGGAGAGAGGCAUGAUUGUCGAGGUGAUUCAAAAGAACCUGGAAGGCUGGUGGAAGAUCAGGUAUCAAGGUCGUGAGGGCUGGGCCCCGGCCUCCUACCUGAAGAAGACUGACAUCCAGGGCCAGAAGCAGUCAGCAGGCGCUGCUCAUGCCAGUACCAAUGACUUAGACGGGUUUUCUAAGCAGAACCAACAAAACAAUGCAGCCAAAGAGAACCAAGACAACAGCCAAAAAGAAAAUCGACUGUCAUUUUUUUCUGAGAACAAACUCAAAGUGGGAGCAAGACACAGACCCCCUCCACGCAGAGAUCUUACUAUUCCACGUGGUUCAAACCUCCCCAAGCCACCGGUUGCUCCCCAGGUUGAGGAAGAGUUCUACACCAUAGCAGACUUCCAGACCACAAUCCCGGAUGGUAUAAGUUUCCAAGCUGGAAUCAAAGUUGAGGUGAUAGAGAAGAAUAAUGGUGGUUGGUGGUACAUCCAGAUUGAUGAUAAAGAGGGCUGGGCCCCUGCUACCUUUAUUGACAAGUACAAGAAGACCAGCAAUGCCGUGCGCCCCAAUUUCCUUGCCCCUCUUCCCAAUGAGAUGGAGAAGCUGACACUAGAAAAUGGUGGUUCUUCAAAUGUUUCAGGCACAGAGGACAGCUGGUCCAAGCCUUUACCAGAUGAGCCAAGCACUGCCCCUGAUUCCUGUGCCCGGCCUAAGCUGAGGGAUUGGAAGACCAGUGCCAGCAAGGCGCCACCUACCCUUGCUGGGCCUUUACCUCCAGCCCCAGCAGCCCCUCCAGCUGAAGAGAAACCAGCUUUGCCUCCUCGAAGGGAGUCCAUUAAUAAGAGCUUUGAAUUUGAGGUAUCAGAGAAACAGAGGCCUGAUCAUUCCAAACCUUUGCCUCCAAAACCCCCAGCUCCUGGGGUUUUCAUGCCGCUGGUUACACCCAAAGCAGCCCCCUUCAAACCAGACAAACCACCUGAAAACAAGAAAGAAGAUAAGAGCAAAGCUCUUCACCUCCGUAAUGAGAUGGGCCUCGAAUGUGGCCAUAAGAUAUCUGCCAAGGAGGUGAAGAAGUUUAAUCUGAAGCCUGUUCCUAAGCAGCCACCAAAACCCAAACUGGAAGCACAGGAGGAGAAACCAGAUGCAGCCGGACCUGCAGUGUUUAUGAAACCGAAGCCAGUGAUCCGACCUAAACCUGUUCCAGCUGCCAAGCCGGAUGCUCCGGCAGAAAACAAACUAGACAUCACAAACCUGAGAAGCAAACUGAGGCCUUCAAAACCUGCUGAUCCCAGCUCUGCAUCGGCUGAGGCAAACCCUCAGAAUGGUGUUGCAACAGCAGAAAAAAGUUCCCCCCAUCCCUCUGCACCCUCUAGCUCUCCCCCCCAUCAUGUCCCUACUCUCAGUAAUGGAAAGCACUGCAAUGAGCCAAAACUCCCACCAAAACACAUCAAUGGUCAUAGCCAGGAGAGCUCACCUCCUCCGGCAAAACCCAUAGUGCCUCCCCACAAGGACCCCCCACAGAGACCCCCCAAUAUGGUUCCAAGGAGACCUCCUCCUCCAAAGAAGACAGAGCCGUCCAGUCCGACUGAGUCCAAGCCUCCACCUCCUCUAAGAGAAAUCCAGGACCAUCCCAAAGGCCCACCACCCAACCUCAGCAGACCCCCUCCACCUAAACCCAAGGGGUUUAUUCCGCCUCCUCAAAAUAAAGAUAAAGAAGAGCCCAAAUUGAAUAAGGUCCCUGUUCCUCCCAAGCCUCAGUUGAAGAGUGAUAAGCCCGGCCCGCCCAAGGACAAGCUUCCACCGUUACUUAUGGAGCCCAGUAAGGAUGAGCUGUAUUUAGCUGUGGCGGACUUUGAAGGGGAUGACCAAACAUCCAGCUUCAAGGUGGGUACAGUGUUUGAGGUGAUGGAAAAAAACAGCAGCGGCUGGUGGUUCUGUAAGAAUGUAGCACAGGAGGUUGAGAGCUGGAUCCCCUCGAAUUACCUGAGUAAGAAACCUUAGUGUGAAUGGGCUCUCAAAUCCAUGACCACAUGAUUAACUAAACAAUCGAAAUAUCUCUACUUUGUAGCUAAUAGGCAUUCUUUAUUUAUAGGUACCUUUUUCUUUUUAUAAAUGUUUUAAGUGACACACUUUUGUUUCAUUUUGAUAAACAUACUUUACUCAAACUGAACCAGCAAUAACACUUGACCUUGUUGUGUCCUAUGAUGUUUACGUUCUUUGGUUUUAUCUCAAUUUUACAUGUAAUAUGUUUUUUGCUUUCAUUGCCGUAUUCUAGUCCCAGCCCGUGUCAGUCUUGCUAUUACUUAGGCUAGACUCUUGAAUAGGGAUCCUAAGACAGAAAUAAAGCAGAUCAUGUAUCUCCACCCAAGCCUUCUAUAAUAUUGUGCCUCUAUAUUAUAUGCAAAGUGCUUAUUAGACUGUAUGCAACUGUAGACAUAGCCCUUGUUGAUUGACUAAAAAUCAAACCUCUACGUCACAGGAUAAAAUGUGAGAUGUUCAAAUCCAGCUGUUGACAAAAAGAUCUCUGAGAUUGCACAUGAACUCACUGGGGGAGUUCAAUUACAGCAUUUGGGCUUUUUAGUGCUAUCAGCAAUUACUAAAACAGACAUUGUUGGCAAGUAGAAUACUGUUUGUUAUACUAAAAACAUACAUAUUGUAUUUUCUGCUAUUGUAUUGCUUUAUUUCUUUGGCUGCAAAAUUGUGGUUGCAGUGACUUGUAACAGAUGUGCACUUUUUCCGUCAUUUCACAUGGAACCAUUUUGUGGUUUGCACACAACGAAGGUGGAGGAAUGUUUUUUUUAUAUUUUAUUAGCUAUGGUUUUUAUACUCACUAACAAAUAUUCACCAAUGUAUGAAGCAAGAGCAUACAAAGUAAAACGUUUUAAAGAAUCUCUGUGUCAAAGUAUUUUACCACAAUCAUGUUAUAUUACACCCAAAAAUAAGACGUGUGAAAUGUGACAGAAGGAGCACAUCUGCAAAUCUGUAUCAGAUGUCUGACCUAAGAAAUACGAAAAAUUGUGACCUCGAGUGAUUUGUGCAAUGAUUUACACAAUUGUAGGUGUACAGUACAGUCUUUCCUUAACCGAAGUCUGGUGCUCUAAAAACAGCAAAGAAUGACCAUUGUAUAAAAAUAAUGUUUGACAUUAAGGCUUGACUGGUAUCAAGCAUGGUCAGUAUAGCAAAAUAUUUUUUAUUGUACAGAAAUUAAAGGCAUAUCUUAGCUGUUGUCACUUUUCCUUUGAUGUUCAUUCUGUCAUCUAUUUUAUUCUGUACUGAGAAAGAGGAAGAAAGAGCCAAGAAGGAAUUUAGUUGUUUGAUUUAUUGGAUUUGCUAAUUAGAGGAAGUGAAAAGAGCUGUGCCAUUUUUGUUGUUUGAUUGUCAACAGAAAAAAAGUAACCUAAAAAAUGAUGUGAACUGGCAGCUCACUUCUCACGAGGAUGUCUAGAAAUGAUUGUCUACAUACAGUACAUUUUAACAAGUGCUAGGUUUGCGAAAUAAAUAAGCAAAAUUGGAACAUAAAAAAUGUGUUCAUUGUUUGCUAAACAAUCAGACAAGGCUACAAGCUGUAACACCGCUUUUAGUCGCUAUAAUGUUGUCACCUUACACUCAUGUUUAAUACAGAAAGGUUACCAGAAAUAAAAAAAUGCUAUUGUUGGGAGUUGUUUCCUGAGGACAAAAGGCAGGUACAGAGCAGGGUAAGAAACAUGUAUGGGUUGAUGGUGUCAUCAUUUCAGUAUUGUAAUCAUAUAUACUUUUUUUGCUAUGUACUUUUCAUUACAUUAAGUCUCAUGUUGCUUAAGUCAAUAAAAGUUUCAGAUUUUUCAA